AUGAGAUUCCACGCCGUAGCCAUCGCGCUUGUCGGCUUUGCCGCCGCGCAGGACACACAGCUACCCACGUGCGCUCAAGGCUGCGUGAACCAAUACACCACUGGCGGUGCAAUUGCCAACUGCAGUCAGGUCGACGUCAAAUGCAUUUGCUCCAACUCUGGCUUCCUCGAUGGAAUUGCAUGCUGUCUCGCCGGCGUCUGUUCUACAACCGACCAGGAAAAUGCUGUCAAGUUCGCGAAGAACAUUUGCACCGGCGCAGACGUUGCUGUACCUGACCAGGUCGUCUGCAAGACCGCCAGCUUGUCGUCGACAGCCACCGCUACGCACGCGAGCGCUGCUGCCACCGGUGCAUCUGCGUCUGCCACCAACACAGCAAAUGCUGCGCAUACGACGAACACACCGACCCACACACCGACCAAUACACCGAAUGCUGCGCCUACAAUGGGACCAGUUGCUCUGCUGGGGGGUCUCAUUGCGGCCCUGGUUGCGUUGUGA